AUGGAUACAAAGAUUAUUUAUAAUGUAAGGUAUAAAGCUGACAAGAAAAAAGGUCCCUUAAGAGCUGAAGAACUUUUCGCUGCAGAGUUAAGUUUGAUAAAGGAAAUUCAACAUGAGCAUUUCAGUGACGAAAUUACUUGUUUAAAACAAGAACAUCAAAUUAAUAGAAAUUCUAAAAUUCGUGAAUUGAAUCCAUUCCUCAGUGAAGACGGGAUAUUGUUAGUAGGAGGCCGACUACAAAAAUCGACUUUGAGUUUUUACGAAAAACGUCCAAUUAUUGUUCCAUCAAAAACUCAUUUUACUGAAAUCGUGGUGCGAGAUGCACAUGAAAAAGUUUUCCAUUCGGGAAUUGCAGGUACUCUUGGGUACCUUCGGGAAAAAUAUUGGAUAGUUAGAGGACGGCAGAAUGUGAAACGUAUUAUAAGAAAAUGUAUCAUCUGCCAGCGGUUUAAUUCCAGACCAAUGCAGCAAGACAUAGCCCCUUUACCAUCUGCCAGAAUCGAAAAAUCAAAUCCGUUCGAUGUAAUCGGCGUGGACUAUGCUGGACCUCUGUUUGUUAAAAACGAAGAUACGAAGUAUUAUAUUCUUCUGAUUACCUGUGCGGUGACUAGAGGUUUUCAUCUGGAAUUAACUAAAAACUUGACUACGGAAUCUUUCUUGCAAGCUUUCCGUAGAUUCGUGUCAAGAAAAGGAUUAUGCUCUGUUAUCUAUUCUGAUAAUGCAAGAACAUUCAAGGCAGCUGAUGCAGAACUUAAAAAGAUGUGGCAAGUAUUAAGUCAUCCUGACGUAAAGAACUUUUAUGCCGCAAAAGGUAUACAGUGGAGAUACAUCGUAGAAAAAGGAGCAUGGUGGGGUGGCUUCUAUGAGAGACUUGUACGAUCAGUUAAGACUAUGCUAAGAAAAACACUUAGUUGCUCCUCACUGCAUGCCGACGAGUUGGAAACUGUUUUGAUUGAAAUAGAAUCGGUGAUAAACCACAGACCUCUGACGUACAUUGAGGAUGAUCAACAUGAAUACCAGGUAUUAUCACCUGCUCAUUUUCUUUUAGGAAAUAAACCAUUAAAUUUGCCUCCAGUGAAAUAUACAGACUUUGUGCCUACCUAA